AGGCCGAGGCCAUGGACGUCUCGGCCGCGGGCGGCUCCGCGCCGGGGGAGCCCUGCUUCUUCGAGGCUUCAGCUGAGGCUUCCAGGCCAGAGCCACUGCCUUGCCCCCAGAAGACCGAAGACAUGGCCCCCAAGAAGGCCAAGAGAAGGGCAGCAGCAGAGGGCGGCAGCUCCAACGUCUUCUCCAUGUUCGACCAGACUCAGAUCCAGGAGUUCAAGGAGGCCUUCACCGUCAUCGAUCAGAACCGUGAUGGCAUCAUCGACAAGGAAGACCUCCGGGACACCUUCGCAGCCAUGGGCCGCCUCAACGUGAAAAAUGAGGAGCUGGACGCCAUGAUGAAGGAAGCCAGCGGCCCCAUCAACUUCACGGUCUUCCUGACCAUGUUCGGGGAGAAGCUCAAGGGUGCGGACCCUGAGGAUGUCAUCACUGGCGCCUUCAAAGUGCUGGACCCCGAGGGAAAGGGCACAAUCAAGAAGCAGUUCCUGGAGGAGCUGCUGACCACGCAGUGUGACCGCUUCAGCCAGGAGGAGAUCAAGAACAUGUGGGCGGCCUUCCCCCCAGACGUGGGCGGCAACGUGGACUACAAGAACAUCUGCUACGUCAUCACGCACGGGGACGCCAAGGACCAGGAGUAGGCGAGCGUCUGGCGCCUCCGCUGACCCGCGCUCCCGGCUAGCCCGAGCCCCCGCCCCGACUCCCAAUAAAAUUCGGCUGGUCUUUGUUUCCUA